AUGAACGAAUGUAGUGGGUCCCGGUUGACCCACUUCGACCAGAGGACUUCUCCUGUCAAGUCCAUUAAGAGUAGGGAUGGCGAUGUGAUAGACUGUGUGCAUAUCUCUAAUCAACCAGCAUCUGAUCAACCCUUGGGUAGUAACAAUGAUCUACAGAAAAGGUUGAGCAAUCCCAUCAACGCAAAGAAAUCAAUACCACAAGCAUGGCAUUUGGAGGGUAGUUGCCCUGAUGGAACAAUUGCCGUAAAAAGAACAACACAAGAGGAUCGGAUUCGGGCUAACUCCAUCAAUAGCUUCGAUGUCAAUAGUAUGCAUCAAAACAGUUUUCAGGCAACCUCAAACACAGAUACUUCUGCCACCAGCACGGGUUUUCACCAGUAUGCUACCGCGUAUGUAAUUGGAGAAGAGUACUAUGGAGCAAUGGCAACCAUGAAUCUAUGGGCCCCCAAAGUGAGACCCAAUGAGUUCAGUUCAUCGAAGAUUUGGGUUAUUGGAGGUUCUGGUUCAGAUCUGAACGUUAUCGUAGCUGGUUGGCAUGUGUACCCUGGAUUAUAUGGAGAUAAUAAAACAAGGUUUUAUACCUAUUGGACUGGUGACAACUUUCAGUCUACUGGAUGCUACAACUUGCUCUGCCAAGGCUUUGUGCAGACUAGCAACAAAUUUGCAUUAGGAGCACCCUUUCCCGAACUUUCAGAAAUCGAUGGUUCGCAAUCUGAAUUUACUGUGAUUAUCUUUAAGGGUAAAAAUGGUUGGGUGCUGCAAUUUGAUGAUUUUGUACUUGGUUAUUGGCCAUUUUCAUUAUUUACCAAUCUCAAAGACAAUGCAUCAUGGAUUGAAUGGGGAGGCUUGAUUUUGAACUCAAAUAUUGGUGGCAAACAAAGUACAACAACUCAAAUGGGAAGUGGUCAUUUCCCUGAAGAAGGGCUUAAAAGAGCAGGUUAUAUGAGACAACUCCAAGUAUUUAAUGAGUCCUUGUAUUCAAGAAGGCUUGACUCUCCAAUCGCGAUGGCUUCACACCCAAAUUGCUACAAUAUAAAAUUGUCCAAGAACAAGGUUUAUGGAGAUUUCAUUGUAUACGGAGGCCCGGGCAAAAACCCUAAGUGCCCGUAA